AUGGUUGAUAAUAUCAAAAAGGGAGGUGUGGAUAUUUAUCCAGAAGUUUCAGAUAAAGCUGAAAGUUCAAGUUUUCAAGAAGCUCAUUUUGUCAACUACAACAAUUCAAAUGAAAGUAAAUGGCAAAAAUUCAAAGACUCUUUUAAAAGAUUAGAAGAUGACAUUGACCCAAAUUUAUCAGAAGCUGAAAAAGCUGAAAUUAGACGUUAUAGAAAUGAAGGUGAGAAAUUAAAUAAAUCUUUGAAAACUCGUCAUAUGAUUUUAAUUGCCAUCGCAACUGGUAUUGGUACAGGUUUAUUAGUUGGUUCUGGUUCUUCUCUUAAUAAGGGUGGUCCAGCUGGUUUAAUUAUUGGUACUGUUAUUGUCGGUUCUAUGUUGGUCAACGUUAUGGAAGCUGCUGGUGAAAUGGCUUUAACUUAUGGUGAUUUAACUGGUGGGUUCAACGCUUAUACGUCAUUCUUGGUUGAUGAAUCAUUCGCUUUUGCUGUUUCUUGGAAUUACUGUAUUCAAUGGUUAUGUGUCAUGCCAUUAGAAUUGGUUACUGCUUCAAUGACUAUUAAAUAUUGGACUACUACUAUUAAUCCUGAUGCUUUUGUUGCAAUUUUCUAUGUUUUGAUCGUUGUCAUUAACUUUGCUGGUUCAGCAGGUUAUGGUGAAGCUGAAUUCUUCUUCAACUCUGCUAAAUCUUUAAUGCUUGUUGGUUUCAUCAUUUUAUCAAUCAUUCUUUCAGUUGGUGGUGCUGGUGAUCAUCAUUAUUAUGGUGCUCAUUACUGGCACGAUCCAGGUGCAUUUGCCAAUUCAUUCAAAGGUGUGUGUGCUGUGUUAAUCAACAUGGCUUUCGCUUUAGGUUGUACCGAAGCUAAUGCAUUUAUGAGUUCUGAAGCUAAAAACCCACGUCGUGCUAUUCCAUCAGCUACAAAACAAGUUGUCUAUAAAGUUGUUUUCUUCUUUAUCGUUCCAUUAUUUUUGAUUGGUUUAUUAGUUCCAUACAAUUCACCAGAAUUAUUAGGUUCAAGUGGUUCAAAAACACAUGCUUCACCAUUCGUUAUUGCUGUUUCUAAAGUUAAAGUUGUCCCACAUAUUGUCAAUGCUGUUAUCUUGUUGGCUGUUUUAUCUGUUGGUAACUCUGCUUUAUUCAUUGCAUCCCGUACUUUACAAUCUUUGGCUGAACAAGGUUUUGCCCCAUCAUGGUUCAACUACAUUGACAGAACUGGUAAACCAUUAAGAGCUUUGGCUGUUUCAUCUAUCAUUGGGUUAUUCUCAUUCAUUGCUGCCUACGAUAAACAAGAAACUGUUUUCAAUUGGUUAUUGUCCAUUUCCGGUUUAUCUCAAAUCUUUACAUGGACUGGUAUUUGUCUAGGUCACAUUAGAUUCAGAGCAGCUUUCAAAGCUCAAGGUUAUUCAACUAACGAAUUAGGUUACAAGUCUAAAACUGGUGUCUGGGGUUCAAUUUAUGGUGUUGUCAUCAAUUUUUUAAUUUUAAUUGCUCAAUUCUGGAUUGCAUUAUGGCCAAUCGGUGGUGAUGGUAAAGCUAAUGCUAACAGUUUCUUCCAAAACUAUUUAGGUGCAGUUGUUGCCCUCGUGUUUUAUGUUGCUCAUAAACUAUGGCACAGAAACUGGAAAUUAUGGAUCCCAGCUGACCAAAUUGAUUUACGUAAAGGUAGAAAGAUUUUUGAUGCUGAUGUUCUUGCUCAAGAAGAUAUGGAAGAAACUCAAAGAAUCAAAAACUCUCCAUUCUAUGUUAGAGCUUAUCAUUUCUGGUGUUAA